AAAACAAUCCCUCCAGCAUGUCGUCGCCACGAGUAUUGACGGCGCUGGCGCGGUCGCGGCCGACUGCAUCACGAUUGACCGCCACCGCUGGUCGCUACUCCGCCCCGGCCUUCUCUACGAGCGCGCAGGCGCAACGACCAACGUUGGGUGGCCAGACCGAAGGCCCAGCACCAGAGAACUUCCGAAUGACGCCUCCGCCGCGAUGGAAUCAGCCAAAGGACAGCCUCAUGGAUCACGCUGGCAAAUACUUCCUCCUCGGCGAAAUGGCGAGGGGUAUGUAUGUGCUCCUUGAACAAUUCUUCCGCCCACCAUACACCAUCUACUAUCCGUUCGAAAAGGGCCCGAUCUCACCCCGCUUCCGUGGCGAACACGCCCUACGCCGCUACCCGACCGGAGAAGAGCGCUGCAUCGCCUGCAAGCUCUGUGAAGCCAUCUGCCCCGCGCAAGCCAUCACGAUCGAAGCUGAAGAGCGAGAAGACGGCAGCCGAAGGACAACACGGUACGACAUUGACAUGACCAAGUGCAUUUACUGCGGCUUCUGCCAGGAGUCAUGCCCUGUGGAUGCUAUUGUAGAGGGACCAAAUGCCGAGUACGCGACGGAGACGAGGGAAGAGCUGUUGUAUAACAAGGAGAAGUUGCUAUCGAAUGGAGACAAGUGGGAGCCGGAACUGGCGGCGGUGGCGAGAGCGGAUGCGCCGUACAGAUAAAGAGGAGUGUAGGGUGGCGACUGCGGCUGCUUGAGCUACAGCGCUUUUUUUAUGUCGACAAUGCUACAAAAUAUGUACAUACCACUGAGCUGGUGUCGAGGUCGAUGACUUCGUAAGACAAUUUGCGUGGAAAA